CGACGAUCCAAGACGCACGGGUUGGCGCGCUCAAUUUCACCGCAGCAGCCAAGGGAGCGUCGCGUCACGACCUGUGACGGUCUGCUAUUGUGACAGUGACAUGUUAACGGCAUUGUCUGUUUGUCGCGGUCGUCUGGCGACAUUGUGCUCACGUUCCGCUCCUUUCUUUCGCUCUCUGAGUGCAGCUGCAGGAAAGCUACACUUCAACAGGGUUCUGAUCUAUUCCGGCUGGCGUAUAAUUGCUCCAAAGUUGCUGCGGCUCUUUUCCUGUGCACGGAAGUUGUCAGCUGUGACUGCGCGUGACAGAAGCCAAGAGCAGCCUUCUCGUACCCACCAACGGAGGAUCAUAAAGACCCCCUCGUCGCCGUUGUCCUCGCCUUUCCCUCUCGUCCUUGGGCCUCCUCCUACCUCUCCACGCACUAGAUCUGCGCAGGUCGCCACAAGGCUACCCGCUCCACACAUUCUCUUUCAGAUCAUAUACAUAGCUCUUCAUCUGCCUUGCUUGAACUUCUCGCUUUGACAUGCUUCCCUCGUCGCUUUCCUUAUUACUUGCUCUAGCCGGCAUCGCGACAGCUGACACGAUUAGCAUACCCCUCAAUCGUCGAUCCAUAUACAGCAAUUUCACUACAGACAAGGUCGCUGCCGCCGCAGAGAGUUUGCGUUUCAAAUACGGUUAUAUUCCGUAUUCUCAGAAGCGUGCUGGCCAGUCGUCUGCUAUACCCAUAAUCAAUCAGAAAACCGAUUCUUCAUAUUUAGGUGCAGUUUCCAUCGGGACGCCGGCGCAGCAAUUUAGCGUUGUCCUCGAUACUGGUUCCUCAGAUCUCUGGGUAGCAUCUACAGGAUGUCGCUCUUGUGACUCGGAAACACCAUCGUUUGACCCCACACGGUCGUCUACUAUCCAACGCAUACAAACGUCACAAUCGGGUCAGUCCGAAGUUGACAUCCACUAUGGUAGUGGACAAGUUGCGGGUAUCGUUGCCCAAGAUACCGUGUCUAUGGGCGGUUUUACAAACACUCAACAAACCAUGCUCGUUGCCACCCAAUUAUCUAGCGGUCUCUUGGAUGGUGUGGCUUCAGGUAUCAUGGGUCUCGCAUUCGAAGCAUUAGCGUCGACCGAGUCAACACCGUUCUGGCAGGGGUUAUUGCAAGGCAGCCAAUUAGCCACUCCUGAGAUGUCCUUCUGGCUCACUCGCGAACUCGACAACCGUAAUGCCAGGGAAAACGAGUUCGGUGGCGAGUUUACUUUGGGAGGAACCAACAGCUCACUUUUUACUGGUGACAUUGAGUUCAUCAAUUUACCUAGUACGAGUCAACAGACAUUCUGGUUACUUUCUAUGACUGGCGCCACGGUUCAGGGUAAGAAUGUUCAAGUCCCGACCGGUAAUCUUGCGCUCUCUGCGAUCGAUACUGGUACGACUCUUAUUGGUGGACCCACUGAUGGUGUCAAGGCUAUCUAUGAUGCUGUCCCCGGUUCCGUCGCCCUCACCGGCGACUUGCAGGGCUUCUACGCAUAUCCUUGUUCAACUGAAGUUCAGGUAUCAAUGUCGUUCGGCGGAAAAUCAUGGCCUAUCGACCCUGUUGACAUGAACCUUGGAACGAUCCCUAGUGGCCAAUGCCUUGGUGGUAUCUUUGACUUAAGCCAAGGGUCCAAUGUUGGAAGCGGUGGCGGAAACCCUAGCUGGGUUGUUGGUGGUACCUUUUUGAAAAACGUUUACUCCGUCUUCCGUGCUAACCCCCCAUCAAUCGGAUUCGCGCAGUUGUCAGAUUUGGCAGGUGGCUCAGGCACUCCUUCGCCUGGUACCUCUGGUUCCGCUACCAUUUCACAAACCGGUCUCCCCGUUCCAACCGAUGCGAAUGGCUCCGGAAAUGGUAGGUUAUCUCCAAGCCCUUCUAUCAUGAGUUUGCAUGCUGAUUGGUUGGAUCUCUCAGGUACAACUUCUGCUGCGCUCCCUGCUGCACGUCCGUUUUCAAUAGCUCUCGCGUUGAUCGUCUCAUCAAUGUUGGCCUUGUUCAUCACACAAUAAUGAACGUUAUCCAGUCGACGUGUUCUCUAAUGCUCUGCGUCGUGUUUAGACACUGCAGCUAUAUUAUCUCUCAUUUCCCGCCGGUCCAUCUCUAUUGGUCAUCGUGGAUUUGCUCAUGCUCUGGUUUAUCACGGUAUAUCUCAUCAUCUUACAUUCGCUUUUCUUUCUUUUUCUUUCUUGAAUACGUUACAGUCGUCAUAUAUACGCAACAUGCACUGCGGGUGUAGAAACAAUGGGAAUUUGCUUCGCUGGACCCAAGUAAGGUGUGAGGGACCGUAUGCAUACAACCUCAAGAAGUGUUGCACCUCAGUAAAAUGGCGUGAUAUAACUCUACCAGUACAAUCUCGCUAUGAAUCAAGUGGUUGUCGGUAAGGGACCGUUAUGGCAUUGAAUUUGAAGUAGCGGGGAAGCAAGACCAUUAUGAUGUGCUGGAGAUACAUAACCUCGUCCUAACGAUAAGCAGAGUUGGGUUCAUCGGACGGUGGUCUGGAGGGCGGGGGUAUGGAUUCAUGUCGAAAAGCAGCUUCAUCUAGGGCCUUUGAAAGAUUUCGUCGAAGGCGUAUGAAUGGAAAAGUCUGCUAACAUGUCGGAUCAGUAUAUGUUACAUGUUUCAAUGAUCGAGAAAAGUAGAUACAAGAUCAAUAGACCCGACAAUUACAUGGUAAUUAGCCUGACAACAUAAUUCAU